AUGUACCCUGUCUACCUACACGUAGCGAGAGAUUUCGAUGGGUCGAGAACGGGUUUAGCAUUACUUCCUUCUUCCGUCAUGGGUCCUCUAGCUUCUUUGUAUGCUGGAUGGCAUAUGCGACGUUUCGCAGAGUAUAAAAAGUUUCAAGUUGUCAUGAGUUUCUUACCCUGGGUACAAGCUCUAGGAGUGGUUCUUCUUUGGAGAAUCGACACUGGUUUCAUCAGAUUAUCGAUCGAAAUGGCUGUCGGGGCAUCUGGAGUAGGAGCGGUGAUGACUAGUUUAUUAACAUCUUUGGUCGCAUGUGUGGAUCCCGCUGAAAUGUCAAUGGCAAUGUCAGCUUUAUACCUUUUCCGAGCUCUAGGUCAAGUAUUAGGUGUAGCAGUAUCAGCAGCUAUACAACAAUCCAUCUUACUCUCUUCUUUAACUACUCGUCUUUCGGGAAUACCUUCGGGAGAAGGGAUGAAAUUGAUUCAUGAGAUAAUAGAACAACCUACUAGUGUCAUACCUCAUUUAAACGAAUGGACGGCUAUACAAGCUCGUCAAGCUUAUUUAGAAAGUAUAGAAGGUGUUUUUGGUAUCGUUGUUUUAGCUGGUGUAGCUUUGACUAUUGUUUGUUUAGGUGUGAAAGCUAGACCUUUGUAG